GGGCCGCGCUUUCUAGGCGGAGGUUAGGAGCGGGGAGCGCGCCCGGGUCCAGCGUCCUGCUUCUCCGCUUCCCGCGCUGAGCUCUCCGCCUGGCGCUGAGGCGUCCGUGCCAGCUGCGUGAAGGAUGGAGAGGGCGGGGUGCGAAUCCUGAGCCUGAGACUAAAGCGCUUCGGGGUGGGCCGAGCACUUGGGGCUGCUCUUCGGAGCCCGAGUGGUCUGGGACAGUGUUGCUUGCCUGGGCGGCUGCGGGAUAGGGCGGAAGGGGACAGGCUUGAGGCUUGGAUAGGCAUGAGGAGGGGCUGACGACCGCACGACCCGAGGUUUGUAACUGUUUUCGGAGGACCCUGGGUCCGGCCGGGACUGCCAGAGGAACCCGGCUUUGCAGGACUACGGAGGAGUAACUUCGAGUGAAUUGGAAGAGGGCUCUGGGCCGCACAAGCAGCGUCACCCUUUACACCAGAAAGCUGGCGGGCACUAUGGGGAAAAAACAAAACAAGAAGAAAGUGGAGGAGGUGCUAGAAGAGGAGGAAGAGGAAUAUGUGGUGGAAAAAGUUCUCGACCGUCGAGUGGUAAAGGGCAAAGUGGAGUACCUCCUAAAAUGGAAGGGGUUCUCAGAUGAGGACAACACAUGGGAGCCAGAAGAAAACCUGGAUUGCCCCGACCUCAUUGCUGAGUUUCUGCAGUCACAGAAAACAGCACAUGAGACAGAUAAAUCAGAGGGAGGCAAGCGCAAAGCUGAUUCUGAUUCUGAAGAUAAGGGAGAGGAGAGCAAACCAAAGAAGAAGAAAGAAGAGUCAGAAAAGCCACGAGGCUUUGCUCGAGGUUUGGAGCCGGAGCGGAUUAUUGGAGCUACAGACUCCAGUGGAGAGCUCAUGUUCCUGAUGAAAUGGAAAAACUCUGAUGAGGCUGACCUGGUCCCUGCCAAGGAAGCCAAUGUCAAGUGCCCACAGGUUGUCAUAUCCUUCUAUGAGGAAAGGCUGACGUGGCAUUCCUACCCCUCGGAGGAUGAUGACAAAAAAGAUGACAAGAAUUAACGCUCCUGAGUACCAGCCCCUGUCACAUCUGACUGGGUUUCAAGUGGGAAGGGAAGGAGUUCUACUUGUCUUGACACCAUAGAGGUGGCUUGAGAAGAUGUCCUUUGAAGAGCCAGUAUAGUUUCUGUGCCCUGCAGCAGCCCAAGUGCUUUAAAGCCGUUUCAAGCUGUAUAGUUUGCACACCCAUCCCAGUGGAGGGGAAAGGGGAUAAGUGUUUCAAGGCAACCUUUUCUGCACUUUGCUGAGAAAAGCAAAGGGCCUUCUAUGAAGGACAAAACUUGCAGAAUUGGGUGUGUGGGAGAGCAAAAAAAUACUGUAGAUCUUCAAAGAGCAUCUCCACAACCCACAGCCUUCUUCCCAAUAGUGUUAACUCUGCAUUUUUACAGCGUAGCAUGUGUGUAGUCUUUGGCUAUUACUGGUGUAUUAUUUGGGGGAGGGAUGGGGAGGGGAGAAAGGGAGAUGGGUAGCAUCACUUUGAUUAACAUUUGGGGCCUGAUAGGGGAAAUGGUGAAGCAAUGGAAAAGAACAGACAACUAAUGAUUUGCUUCUAUGUCCAGAAUAUUUUACCUUAAAAAAAAAAAAAAAAGUCAUUGGCACCAUAAAUAAGGACUGUGAGAGACUGUUUAAAAGCUGUGAAUGUCUGAAACCUAUAAGCCAAGGUGUUCCCUGCCUAAACUUAUUGCUGUUCCCACAAAGGACUAAGCCAGUUCAUAAGUUACCAAAGUUGCCAUUUUGGAGAUGGAAAUUGAUGAGGAGGGAGGAAAGUCUUUUAUUGGAGAGUAUACAGUACAAGCAGAUCAUUCUGUCUCAGAGGUGCUAAUAAAAUUAGAAGACCCUUUCUUUUCCAGUAACGAAGUUAUAAAUAUCAGCUUGUUCAUCCAAGCCACUGGCUGAGGUGUUAGGGAAGAGGAAGAGGGUGGUAGAGGAGAUAAGACAGUAGGGAAAGACAAGGGCCCGUGCUCUUAGUGGGGAAACCUCUUGGAGCCGUUCUCUUUUUUGAGCUUUGAACUCUGAAACCAUUGUUGGCUUCAGUCACUGACAGCACAAGUUUCACUGAAUUGAUCUAAGAGUUUAGUGAUUUCAAAAGCCUUGGUCUCAGGAGAAGAUUAAACUUCCAUAUUGGGCAGUGGUUCACUUUAAAACACACACACACACACAAUUUUUUAAGAAAUCCUAAGAAGUAACUGAUACCCAAAAUGCUCUGUCUUGAGUCAUGAGAUCCAUCAGUUUUUGAUAUUGUCUAGACUUGCAUCUAGAGCUACAUUGUAAAAUCCUUUUAGGCAUGUGUUAGAUUUCUGUGUAAACUUUGUUUAAAUGUAAACUUCAUACUACACUGUCAGUUUUUGUCUUAAUAAAACUAUAGAUUUAUAAUCCCUGA